CUUCACUCUCGUUCUCCCUCCCUCUCUCGUUCUCCCUCCCUCUCUCGUUCUUUCUCUUUUAUACGCCAUACACAUUCAUUCAUAUUCUCUAUUACCUCCAUCUCAUCUCAUUAUUUCACCCCUUCCAUUCCAUCUUUUAAUUCUUUUAUUUUUCUCAUCUUGAAAUAUCCUCACAUCACACUCCUUUUGUUUUUAUAGCACCCUCAUAACAUGUCGUCUUUCGGAAGCCCUAUUACUCGAGACGGCACAGGCACUAUCCGCCGUCGAGAAAUCACACUCUCGCCGCGGGAAAAGCAAUUGUAUGGGCAACUUUGGAUAGCAGCUGAUAAAGACCAAAGUGGUUUUAUUACAGGCGCUGAUGCAGUUCCUUUUUUUGCCAAGAGCGGUUUACCACCUCAGGUUCUUGGACAGAUUUGGGUGAUAGCUGAUGCAGACAACAAGGGUGUUCUUGGACAACAAGGAUUCAGCAUUGCUGUGAAGCUGAUAGCACACGCUCAGAAUGGAAAAACACCCUCGGCCGCCCUCAUUAAUAUUGAUGCCCCGCUUCCCCAUUUCGAGGGUCUUACUCCAGCCAAGACAGGCGAUUCGUCCUCCGCCGCAGCGCCUAUUGCAACCCAAACGACUGGAUCUGAACCUUCGCUUACAAACGAAGACAGAAUGAAGUAUGGAGGCAUGUUUGUUGCGUGUGGACCUGUCAAUGGGCUUUUGGAUGGCGAAAAGGCCCGUGAGGUGUUCUUAAAGUCCAAACUGCCUGUGGAGAAGCUUAGUCAGAUCUGGGCUCUUGCGGAUACAAAGCAGCGUGGAUCUCUAGAUAUCACUGAUUUCACUAUUGCCAUGUAUUAUAUCCAGCAUACCAUGGAUGGCUCAAUUAAGAACUUGCCUUCAACCCUACCAGCAUCCAUUCUCAGAGUGUGCACAAGUACUCCACCGGGGACGGGCGCUGGAGUAUUGUCAUCACCCGUCAUGAGCGCGCAAACCCUCACGCGCCAAUCCACAGGGAACAAUAUGAAUAUCCAUAACCCAACAAUUACUAGGCAGUUGACAGGCUCGGUCGGAAUGACAUCCAGUCCCCUUUCAAAGCAAAACACUGGAGGCAAUAGCGCCUUGUUUGGAGGUUCUUCAUCAAGCGCGGUAGACAUUCCUUGGGAAGUUACGCCAGAGGAGAAGGCUAAGUUUGACGGAUUCUUUGAUCGACUUGAUCCCAAUGGCACUGGCUUCGUCGGAGGUGAAGAGGCUAGCAAGUUCUUUUUGAACUCUCGGUUACCCGAGUCCGUGCUGGCACAGAUUUGGGAUCUUUCUGAUAUCACAGGAUCAGGAAGGCUUUCCAAGGAUGAAUUCGCGGUUGCUAUGCUCCUUAUCAAUAGAAAAAAUACUACAGGCGCACCUAUUCCUAAGACGCUCCCACUUUCACUUGUCCCACCUUCACUCCGUCACAGAGUUGCCCCCUCUUUGCCGUUUGCUUCGCAAGACCCGCUUAGAAACAUGACCCUUCCAGUUGGACAGUCAUCGCAGCAUUUCCGGCGCCAGUCGUUUGAUCUUUUAGGAGAUGGUCCUGCUCUAGGCACGUCUAUCAGCCAUACAGGAGUGUCACAGCCAGAUAAGGACCUCAUUGGUGCAGAAGACUUGACUAGCAAAAUUACUUCUGAGACAGGAGAGCUUGCAUCAAUGCAGAAUCAAAUUAACAGCCUUAGCAAGGUCACUGGUGACCUACAAGCGAAGCGUUCUGCUCUUGAAAAAAACCUUUCGGCUCUAUCUGCACAGAAGCAAGACAUUAGCAUUCGACUAAACCAGAUCAAGACACUCCACGAAAGUGAGACAAAAUCAAUUAAGGAGAUUGAGAGUGCAUUGGCGACAAUCCAGCCUCAAUUGAAAAAGCUACGUGAAGAACUUUCAGUCUCAGAGCGCGAGCUGGCCGUUGCUCGUUCUAAUAAAGAUGAAUACUUCUUAUCGUUGGCGAAGGACCAGGAAGAGAGCAAUCAAAUUAGGGCGCGAUUGCGCCAAAACAAUGAAGAGACAAUCAAACUACGUGAAGAACUGGAGGCUAAGAGGAAGGAUACUGGCCGUCAAAAAGGGUUGCUCGAGAUUGCACGCCGACAACUUGCUACGAGUGAUGCAGACAAACAAAAACUGAUCAAUGAGAUUGCUGAGGAGUCUGAAAAAGCAGCCCAGGCCGCAAAACAGAUUCAUGCUCUGUCGACUACUUCGUUUAUGCCUUCUUCAUCGCCUACUCCUUCCUCGUCUCCAGUUCCGCCCCCACCACCCGCUCCCCGUGGUUCUCGCAAGGAACCUCCACCACCACCAGCCAGUCGUGGCAGUGCUUUUGCAUCGCGAGCUUCACCAGAGGAGGAAGAGGCAUUUGGUAUCCCCGAGGCUCUUCGUAGCCCCACUGGUAGUUUCCACAGUGUGCACUCGCCUAGGACAGGUACCAAUGCACCUCUUCCACCUGCCAGCGUUAGUCGUCAAUCUACAGGCACUUCUCCAUUUGAAGCAAUCCCUAGGCAGAGCAGUGGUACCUCACCUUUUGAGAGUAUUUCAAAACAAGGGACUGGGACAUCGCCAUUUGAACCUAUUUCUCGUCAAGGUACCGGCAUGAGUGGAGAGGCGCCUUCAGUGACUAAUGUAGGCGAGGCUGGUAGUUUCUUUCCAACCUCUGCUGGCGGCGGAAUGAAGGCUCAAGAUGACCUGUGGUCACCUAUGACUCAUGCUGCUCAGGCGAAGACGGCUGGACAGCCCGAAGUAUCCAUGUCGCCUGAUCCAGAGACCUCCGUGCCCCCUCAAAACUCGUUGCUUGCAUUCGCAGCUGCUCAGACCCUUCCAGUGUCACCACCAGUAUCGCAGGAUCCUUUCGGGGCAAUGGCAUUCCCCGCUAUAGACACGCCUCCUGUCACGAAAAUGGACUUUGACUCUGCUUUCCAAGGGUUUUCUACUGGAGCGUCGUCCAAAGGUUUCAGCGCGGAUAGUGUCAAAUCUGCCGAAGCCUUUAGUGAAGCAUUUCCUGAUAUUGACGUGAUUAACAGCUCAGAUUCAUCCAAGGCCAAGCGCGUAAGUGCAUUUGGCUUUGACGAUGAUUUUGCGAGCUCGCCCUUCAGCCAGACACUGGAGAAGAGCAAAGAGGAUGAGGAGUUCCCCCCGAUUGUCGAGAUAGCCCACGAUGACGAUGAUUCAAGCGAUGAUGACUCUGAUAGUGGCGACAAUGACACUUUUGUCCAGGCAAAGAGCUCAGUCACGUCACCUGAACCGUUCCCUGUUGCUCCCUUUCUUGCUGUGGAGAAUGCCUCGAUUACGGCUUCAGAAACACAGGCUCAACAGAGUGGAGCCGAAUCAUCAGUCGCUACAACCGUACCAGCUGUUGCUCCUAUCUCGACUGGGCCUAAGAAGCUGACAGCGGCUGAUUUCAGUGAAUUUGAGUCAUCCUUUGAUGGCGGGGAAGGUGACGAUUUUGAUUCAGCCUUCAAGGGCGUGGAGUUUACAACGCCCAAAAAAAGCAGCGGAGCAGUUGGAAAGAUUUCUGGAUUUGAUGAUAGCUUUGAUUUUAAUGCAUCAUUCGAAGAUCCAUUCGGAUCGUCGUCGGCGUUUAGAGAUGCAAAUAAUACUAAUGCACAAGGACAAGCAGCAUCAAAGACGACUUCAUCGGGCGCUUUUGGGCCUGUAGAUUUGGAUGAAGCCUUCGGCGGAUUUGGAGUUUCUUCAUCGUCAGCCGGUGCUUCCUCGCAGCCUGCUACUGCCGGAGCUGGCAAACCUGAAGAUACGUUCAGUCAUGGAUUUGAUGAUUUCGAGGCUGAAUUUGCGUCUUCCAGCUCAUUCCCUGCUUCAUCCGCAGCUCCUGCGACGGUAGCUCUUCCACCUCGACCAGUAUCAGCGACACCUGACCUGCCUCCAUCUACAGCGGCACCUAAUACACUUGACUCUAGUGCAACAUCGUUGCCAGCACCACCUGCAGUACCGUUGGUAGGUGUUGAUGAGCUGAUCAAUAUGGGCUUUACCCGUCAACAGGCCGAGGACGCUUUGUUAAGAUAUGACACUGUGGAACGGGCAGCCAACUUUUUGCUUGGGGGACAAUAGAGGAUAGUAGGUUAUGACCGCUCGAUAGAUAAUGAUAUGAUAUGAACAUGAUACGAAUCAAAUAUGAAACGACAAAAUGAUUACAUCUACAGCAAUCCGUGAGGAAAUAUGGAGGUUGAACUGAUGAAAUAGGAAAUAAAUAUUGUAACAAGCAAGCCUAAU